GUGUCAGGCGCAUUCCCAUGUUGUCACUGCUCUGGACGCUCUCAAACGGGCGCCUAGUGUGGGUGGCAAUCGGCCUCUGCAGAGCAGUAAUUCUAGUCUCGAAUUGGGCACGUUGCCGUUUAACGCGUUCAAGUCUCGUAUUAGUAGAGCCUUGGUCCGAGCUAGAACGGAGGGAGGCUUAUUGCCUGGUGAAUCGUCAGCAGAGGCGGAAGCCAGUUCGGCAGGUCAAAGCGAACCUGAGGAGACGGGGGG